ACAGAAACAGAAAAAUUGACUUCUUCUAACAGGUGAAUUUUUUAUUUAUUUAUUUAUUUAUUUAUUUUUAAGCCACAGAAGCAGAAGGUAGACCAUCUUAUAUAUAGGGUUGUUUGAUGACCCCCUUAUUGAAACAGGUAAUUCAUUAAGGAAAAUAAUGUAAACAAAUAUUAAAUUUAAUACUCACCAAACACCCAGUCAAAGCCCAGGAUUAGUCAUGACAGCACUGUAUAAACAUCAUACUCCUUAACCAGACUCAAGCACAUUUACACUUUAAAUUUCUCGCCUUACUAAAACAGGUCAGCUUUUAUGAAUUAUUUAUUUAUUUCAGUGAUGUAGCGUUCUCCUAAAUGUUUUGAAGACCUCAUAUACCAAUGUUGUUGAACGUUUUUACUGUAUCACAACAACAGAUUACACCUUCCAAAGAAGUGAACUUUGUGACUAGAACUGAAUCACGGUGUUUGUGUGCUGGUCACUGGGUGUGAAGGAGGAAAUAUGAUGAAGAUAUUGUGCUGAAGACUGGGAAGCUAAGAGAAAUUAGUGUUCUUAGUUGAAGCCUCAAGCAAAUGGAAUUUAGAAGCUUGCCGGCAAAUGGUAAGUUUAUUUACUGUUUAAAGCUAAAUGUGUGUGUGUGAGUGUGUGUGUAUGAGUGUGUUACAGGCAACAGAUUAACUACAGCAGUACUGCCAACCCUUGGAGCAAAGUAUUAUUUUACCCAGCAAAGUGUUUCAGUAGACCAAACUGGAAAAAGAAAAAAAAAAAACAACAACCAAAAACUGUAGCAGAGUCGCUCAGUGCACGCAGAUCUGAUCUGUUGUGGUUUAUCCAAUCACACGCAUUUAUGUAAAUUAUUCUGCUGAAGGCAGAUCCUUAGUACAGCAGAGAUGUAAUAGAGGAAGAUGUUUUCAGUUUUUCAUAGAUUUCUCGUUUUAUUUUUCCCUCUCCGGUCUGGCUAGUAAAGGGACAUGGCUUAUACAAAAAAAGAAAGAAAAAAAGAAAACAAAAGUCGACAAGGGAAACAAUGUUUAUAAUGCUCACUAAUGCUCUUGUGGCUGAAUGAGCACAGAUCCCCACAGCGACACUCCAAAAUCUAGUGGAAAGCCUUCCCAGAAGAGGGAGGUUAUUAUAACAGCUAAGGGGCAAGCAACACCAUAUUACACACUAACGUGGGGGGAAGGGGGUUUGGGGACCUGUGGGGCAACUCUAUAUUAAUACCCACAAUUUUGGAAUGGGAUGUUCAGCAAGGACCUAAGGGUGUGACGGUCAAGCAGGACAAGCUAUUUUUUCCAGUAUUUUGCAUUUCAUUUUCACUGUUUGCCAGAAUUUGACAUCUGACAGGUUUUCCCAGACUGCCACAAACACAUAUUUUGUCUGUCACUCAGCAAAUAAUACCAGGUUAAUGAACAAGAAAGCAUGGCUAAUCCUUUAGUUUUAGUUCCCACAGCUGGAGAUCAGCGCGUCUCAACACUGGCACUUGUGCUGCUUGGACGGAGAAAUUCAGGGAAGAGCUCAGCAGGAAAUACUAUCUUUGGAGGAAGGGUGUUUGAGGCUGGUGAGAAGACCAGACAUUGUGUACAAAGACAUGGCUGGAUCAGCGGAGUGAGACUGACCGUUGUGGACACUCCCGGCUGGAGCAGUUUUGGUUUAGCUAAUGCAACGCUUGUGAGACAGGAGAUACUGCGCAGUGUGAAGUUAUGUCUUCCCAGACCUCAGGCCUUCCUGCUGGUCAUCCCAGUGGACGCGUUCAGCAACCGAGACUGCAAGGCUGUGGAGGAACACAUGAGCCUGCUCGGAUAUAUGUGGAAUCGCACCGUGGUGCUCUUUACCUGGGCUGAUGAACUGAGAGGCAAGAGCAUUGAAGAACACGUGAAAAAGAGAGGUAAACAUCUCCAGAAGAUUCUGGAGAAGUGUGGAUACAGGUAUCAUGUCCUGAACAAUGAAACGAGAGAUGAACAUCAAGUGAGGCAGUUGCUGGAGAUUGUGAAGGAAACACGUCUAACAGCUAAACUGGAGCUCAGCAGCCAUCGGCAGCGUUUUUAUUAUUAAUGAAGAAAGGAUCAUGUGAAUUGGAGGGCAACUGAACAGAACCGAUUCAUUCAUUAUUUAAAAUCAAAUAUUUUAUUUUAAAGGAAACCAACAGAUUUUUUAAAAUUCCUGCAUUAUGUUAAUAGAAUGCUUAUGUUUUUCACCUAGUCUCUCUCAUUACAUAUCAUUACAAGUACUGAUUUAUAAGCCCGUUAUCCCAGAAGAAUAGGGGUUAUGUUUUGACUCUAGUUCCUCUUAAUGUUUCUUACUUAUUUCAUCUUAAAGAGUUUCUCCUUGCUUUUCUCACCUCUAGCUUACUCAUUAGGGCUCUAAAUAUAAAUCCACAUCAGAUAUUCUGUGAAGUGGCUUUGUGACAAUGUCUAUUGUUAAAAUUUCUAAAAUUUUUAAAAAUUAAUACUAAAUAAAAUUGAAUUGAAAAUUGUAAUCAUUGACAAAAUGCUGUCUAAUCUCCUUAAAUAAUGUGUGUGAUUACUAUUGACUAUACUUAUGAUAUGUUUCCCAGCAGUAAGAAAAUACUUCACUUAAAUCAGUGUCUAAGGGCAGUUGCUAAAAGAGACUCUCAUUAAUUUUCCAAAUGUAUUAAUAAACUAAACUCUAACUCUCGAUCAUUUCUCCUUUUAAAAAUAGAGCUCCUUUUUCAGAGGGAUGAAUUUAUGGUUGUUUUGGCGACAUAGACACAUAAACACAGAAAUAUGUUUUGACCUGAUGGUGCAUGGAUGCCACAAAAUCUCAGUAAAAGUGGACGUCACCAGAACUGCUUUUUACUGGAUUGUUGGAAAGUUCGAUAAUACUAAACAAGAACAGCUUUGGUACGAUUUUCAUUCAUGUCUCAUUCAAGUCCUUUAUUUUUAAAGUGUAUCAGAUAACCUAGUUGCAUAUUUUAAAACUGAAUUUUAAUUUAUUUAUGAUUUCAGCACCUGCCCCUAGGCUUCCAUUAUAGUAGGGUUUUGAGAAACAGGUUUGUCAUUAUUUUGUUCAGUACAGGUUUAGGCGAUAUUUCAGGGUUAAGGAGUAGCAUGACAUGGAACUCUUACCUUGUCAAACAAAAUAGAUUAGCCAGCCUUGCGAAGAUGGCUGGGAAAAUUACUGGAGAGGAACAGACCUGUCUUACUGACAUAGUUUAUAUGCAUGUUCUGAUUAAGGCCCAAGCCAUUCUUUGUACUUUGGAUCAUCCCUUAUGCACUGACUUUCAGCCAAGAGCUAGGACUAAACGAAUUAAAGACUACCUUGUGGCUAUGAUCAUUUGGUUAAUGAAUUCUGCUUGCUCUGAUGACAGAUAAUUUAUUUUUAUAAAGUUGGUGAUCUUAUGUAACCUGCAAUUUUAGAUUUGUAUUGUAUGUAUUAUGUAUGUUAUGUUGUUUUUAUUAAUACUAAAAUGCUGUAUUGAUGUGGUUAUGGCAUGGCACUUUGCUGCAAAAAUAGUUUCUCCUAGAGAGACAAUAAAAUUGAAGUUGAAGACAUGCAACCCGUCCUGUUUUAUUGCUCUUAUAACAGCAC